AUGGUCGGCAGUGUGCAGCCCGGAGCGAACUCGCGUGGUCGCGGCGGCAAGUUCCGCAAGUUUACUCGUGGAGGCGGCAAGCACUUUUCGCGUGACCUGCGACCUCUCGACGCGGACGGCAACGAGAUCAGCAUGUGGGCCGAGGGUGCGCAGAAGAAGGACAAGGGAUCCGACGACGACUCAGAGGAGUCGGAGGAAGAGUCGGAAGAGGAGUCAGACGACGAGGGCGCCGCAUCCAGCGCGGCCGCAGUAGCAGCAGCGGCGGCAUCGCGCGAGGACCGCAAGAAGGAGAAGAAGGCACGCAAGGAGGCAGCGAUUGCGCGAUCCAAGGGCCGGGCGGUACAGGUGGGUGACCUGCCAUCGGACGAGGAGGAGGAGGAGGAGGACGACGACGAUCUGCCGGCCAACCCGAACCACAGCAAGGCCAGCCGCAACCAGACACAGGCCGGCGCGGCUGAUCCACAUUCGGCGGCCAAUGCGGCCAAUGCGGCGGCCGAUGCCGUCAAGGAGCUCAGCCUCGGCAGCAGCAGCAGCGCGGCUGCCGGCACGCCCAGCCGCAAGGAGCGUGAGUCCAUGGAGGCGCUGCAGGCCAAAGAGCGCUACCGACGCCUGCACGAGCAGGGCAAGACGGACGAGGCCAAGGCGGACCUGGCUCGGCUGGCGCUCAUCCGGGAGAAGCGUGAGCUUGAGGCGGCUCGGAAGCAGGCCGAGAAGGAGGCUCGAGAUGCGGCCGAGGCGGCCCGGAGAGACGGGACCGAGGCCAAGAAGCGCGAGGCUGCCCUGGGCAAGUCGGCCAAGGCAAAAGGCAAGAAAUAA